AUGGAACUAGACCUGGGCCCAGGGCUGCAUCUCAUCAAUGUGCGACAAGACCCCAGCCUCCUUACCUAUGGACUCUUGCAAUCCAUCUCACUGAACACCAGGCUGCAGGACUGCUAUGUGCUCCCACCAACAUCCAUGCAUAAAGAAAGUUCAAAGGAGAAAACAGGAACAGUCAGCCAAGAUCUUGAGGACAGAUAACGCCAAACAUGCAGCAGCUCCCAAGUGUUGUCCAGGGACAGUGGGAUGACAGCCUGGAAGAACCGGACACUGCUUCCUGAAACCCAAGAGGGACAGCAGUUGGAGGUCAUGCCAACCAUCCAUGGCAUCCUCACCAAGGGUUACAAGGCUCUGCACCACACUGUGGUAGAGCCGAUGCUGUGAGAUCCUUCUGGAAUCCCCAAGAGGUACAGCUAGGGGCCAGGCAAGGCCAUUAAACAAAAGCUCUGGGAAGCUUUUCACAGUCAGCUGCCACAGCGGGGAGCUGGAACCCGGAGCUGGGCAGGGAGUGUGGCUGUUACCACUGAAGAGUGGCCCAAGCUCGGGUGA